GGUUAAAUCGAAUAGGGUCGAGCAGGGUGGAGGAUAAGUAGACUCGAGGGAAACAUCACAGGAUAGGGUCGGAGCCGAGAUUGCCGACAGUUGCCCCCACGAGGGUGGUCAGCCCGUGCUCGCGGCCAAAUCGCCGCCAGGCCUUCCAAGCUCGAGCCCCAGGCCUGGCCGCCGCUGCCUACAACUCGGGGCAUUUUUUUCGUAAAUUGGUGGUUGCCGUCUCGCCCGCGGGGAUGUCGAACAAGCCUGCUUGCGAUGCGGCCUCAUCCUCGAGCCGCUGCUGCAACCCCAUCACCUCCAAGGCCUCGGCAGGCAAACAGGUCGUCCGGGAUAUUCUGGGCCAAGCCCCUCCUACGGGCUGUCCAUCGCGUGGCACUUGUGGCUGAAAUGCCUCAUGAACUUCACGAUCUGAGCGUCCUGCUGGCCCAACAUCUGCACGAUCGUUUGCUUGAGCUCCUCAACGACCUCCACGGUAUGUGCCUCCUGCUGGUCAUCAUCCCGCGUGAUGUCCGCCAACUCGCCCGCCUUCAGCUUGAACAUCUCCUCGAAGGACUCCCGCAACUCCGGCUGCUCCUCCUUGGAGUCUAGCAAGGGGAUGUUCCGCACCACAUGGAGCCACUGCGCGAGCGGCUGUGGACCUGCAUUGCCCACCGGGACCUUGCUGCAAGCCGUGAUGCCAAGCCGGAAGCGUGCCGUCGCCUUCCGGCGAGACGACGUCCGCGCCAACUCCAACGGCCAGCUGCGCGAUCUCCAUUGGCAACUGUUGAGCGAGGGGUUGGGAUUUGCUGUUGCGGAGCUUGCUGAGCUUGCCUGGCCGCGUGGCAGCCGCGUUUCCCCGAACACCGAGAGCCCGCAGCGUUAGCUUCGCGUCGGCAGCGAUCCGCUGCCCUUCAUGGCCCGAGACGGCUUUGACCCUCGCCAGCACGAGGUCCAUGUCGCCGACGGGGUCCCGAUCGUCGCUGCCAGCGCCGCCUUCAGGCUGGCCUCCCGCGGCCGCCCCCGAGCCUGCCGCCGCCAGGAACGCCCCGGACGCCGAGUGAGCCAAAGGGCAAGUCCGCGAGGCAGCGCAGCCGCGCGUCCACGUCGCCGACAUCGUGGGCCGCCAUCGCACUCGCCGCUCGGCGAGGCGCCGUGCGCGCAGCGUGGGACGGGCUCCACCGCCUUGAGCAAAGAAUGGCUACGGGAGCAAAUGUUUCAGUAGAGUAGAAUCGGAGGUGGGGUGGGUGAGAACGAAGUGGAACGGAGAGCCCCCCUACGGGGAAAUCGGUUUCGG